AUGGAGAACUCAACGCAAUUUACGUCAUUUAUACUAGCUGGAUAUAGUGAUAGUGGACACUUAAAGUACUUGUAUUUCAUUUUAGUAACUGUGUUAUACGUCUCCAUAGUUUUUGCGAACACAGUGCUUAUUGUGGUUAUAUGUAUGGAGAGAAGCCUUCAUGAACCCAUGUAUCUGUUUCUGUGCAGUUUGUUUGUGAAUGAGUUGUAUGGUAGCACUGGUUUGUUUCCUGCUCUCAUGACUCAUUUGGUUUCAGAUGUCCAUGCAGUUUCCCCUGUGUACUGUUACCUACAGAUCUUUUGCAUGUACACGUAUGCAUCUAUUGAAUUCAGCAAUUUAGCAGUCAUGUCCUAUGACAGGUACCUUGCUAUAUGUUACCCGCUACAGUAUAACGUCAUCAUGACAUCCAACAGGGUGUGUAUUUUAAUUUGUGUAAUAUGGUUGUACCCUUUUGUAACAAUUGCCACAGCACUGUCUUUAACUAUUCGUUUGCAAUUGUGUGGAAACGUUAUAGAAAAAGUAUAUUGUGACAACUACCUGGUAGUGAAACUUGCCUGUUCAACUUCAGACACGACAGUUAAUAACAUCUAUGGACUCUGUGUAAUUGUGUUGAAUGUCGUUGUCACUUUAAUUACUAUUAUGUCCUCUUAUAUUAAAAUUCUGACUAUUUGUUUGAAAUCUUCCAUCAACGCCAGACAGAAAGCUUUCAGCACCUGUAUUCCUCAUCUGGCCUCAAUGCUCAACUUCGCUUUCGGCUGUUUCUUAACUCUGCUCCAGAGUAGAUUUGAUAGGCCUAUGAGAAAUGUUCCAACUGUGCUUCACACUAUUUUAUCAGUGUACUUUCUGAUGUGCCAGCCACUUUUUAAUCCUAUCGUGUAUGGAGUUAGGAUGGCUAAAAUCAGACAGGCUUUUAAAAACAUACUACCUGUAGGUCUCUACCCUAAAACAUUAACCAAACAUUAG